AUGGCGCAUAACAAGGCCGACAGCAGUUCGUUGCGCGCGUCGCCUGAACCCUUCCGAUUUCUCGACUUGCCAAAAGAGCUGCGCCUUAUGGUCUACGAACUUCUGCCUAAUGUGACCCGACGAAGUAACUUCGUGAAAAUGGAGAACGACAUCAUGACAAGCUCCUUUUUGCUCAUCACUACUGCCACGGUUUCCACGGCCAUACUGGCGACCUCCCACGAAAUCAAGGAAGAAGCUCUGUCUAUACUCGCCAAGACGACAGGAUGGUUCUCUGGUGCUGGAGUUACCCUUUUGCGAGGACCUGCGCCUCGUGUCGAGUCUGAUAUACGGGCUCUCAAAACUCUGAGGGCACCCAAUGGCUUAAUCCCAAAGCUUCUCUCCAUGGGAUACCACACCGGCUCGGACCCCGGGCAAUUUGACGCACAAGCUGUGGGCAAAUACCUUGCGAAAGAAGGAUACACGUUUGAAACUGGUACACAAGAGGAGGGACUCCAAGAGCUCAAUCGUUUCGCACAGUACGCCGCAAAAUCAUUUCCCUAUCAGAAGGCCAAAGUCAGAGUAAUACGGAAGUCAACUGGGGAUGACUCGAUCCGGCCUAUGAUUCAGAUCGCUAUAAGGAAGCAACCAGGCGACACCCCCUCCGAGCUCACGACGACCGCGUUCUCCAUGACCACUACCAUAGGAGAUCUCCAUGCUGCAAAUAACCUUAAGAAAAGCACGUCCGCUUUUGUUUUACUGCACAGCAAUGACUAUGGGGAUGGCGCAGAGCGUAAUCUGUGGAGCAAAGCCCUUUUAGAUGGUGUAUGUGAUGGCCAAGUCAGACUGUUAUUAGUGCACAACACCCAGCCCACAGAACUGGCAGUGGCAGUAGGGUUGUCAGAUAUCGACCAAUACAAUGGCGGCCUGUACAAACAGCUGUGGAUUGCAGGCGAGUGGCUUUGA